GACAGCCGCCCUGGAGGAGUGUAAACAGUGGUGGCUGGUGGCGGGCGUCGCGUACCUCCCCUCUUCUCUCACAUUACCUCCUUCUUCUCACACAUUACCAAUGUAAGGUCACUUGUCUGGCCUUCAGCCGAGUCUAAGUGCUCUUGGAGGAAUGAUGCCCCCCUCACCAAAUAAGUCUAAAAGUGUCCAUAAAUCGUCGGGGAAAUUAUUUCGUCACAAAGACAAGGAACGCUCAGGAAGUAGUGGCAGCAGCAGUGGAAGCAGUGCUAACAAUGGAAGCAGUAGCAGCAGCAGCAGUAGUAGUAGCAGUAGUAAACGAGAUGACCCCAUGGAUCUUAAAGACUGUCCUCUUGGUCUUCCUGUUGUUGGGUCCUUGGACCAUGCUCGAUCACUCCCUCGCUACACAGCACUUGUGAAUAAUGAAGGGGUGUCAAUGGAGGAACUGGAUGGUCUUCAAUUAGAGCUGGAGUUAUUGCUGUCAUCAGUUUUGGUACGACAGAUGGCUUUUAACAACCAGCUGUCCAUCAUUUACCAGUUAGAAAAAGGCAAAUACGUUCCAAAGCCUCCUGUGUCACCUGGUAAGAAAAUGAAACGAGAUGAAGGUGAAAGGCCAUCAAAGAAGAUGAAAGAUUCUAGUGGAAAGUCACGAGAGGUUUUAUCUUCACCUGGACCUCCACCUGGAGUUAAACCCUCUAAGGUCAAAUGCUCAGUUCAGAAAUAUGAACCAGUAUUUGAUGUCCCAGAUUUAGGUCCACCAGAGCAGCCUAAACCACCACCACCUAAGAAUGACAUUACUAAUCGCUUCUGGGCCUAUGUAGAGCAGUACUGUCAAGAAAUUACUGUGGAUGAUAUAAAGAUGUUGGAGGACCUUAUUAAUAGUCCCAAUGAUGACAGUGACUAUUUUAAGACUCCACCGUUGGGACGCCACUACACUCUGCGGUGGGCUCAAGAAGAUUUACAGGAUGAGCAGAAAGAAGGUAUGAAGCUGGCUGAAGGGAAGAAGAAAGGAAUAAAGGGGGAUUCUGGUAACUCUGACUUGUCGGAUAAACUUCUGAAAGAAGUGGAUAUGAAUGGCUGCAGUGAUGACGUUGCCCCGCUUGGCCCUCUCACACAGAGACUAAUUGCUGGUCUCGUAGAGGAGAAUGUCCUAGUAUCUGAUAUUGAGAACAAAGGAGUGGAUGGAUUGGGCCAUACACGACCAGGCCUCAUCAAAUCUUUAGGAUUAGGCAGUGCAUCCAGUCUGGAGAAGCGAAUAAAAAAAGAACUUCAGGAACAAGGAGUCAUGGAGACAGAUUAUGGCAACGAGGACGAUGAUGAUGAAAUAUUAUCGGAGCUCCGACGGUGUCAAUCUGAACUACGUGCAGUUUCGGCUCACAAUGUCACACAAUUGACUCGCUUGCUGAAUCUUGCCCGAGAGUCACUGGUGCGUCAUGAUCUAAAAAAGAGACUUCGAGAUGCAGAUCAAAAGGUGGUGGAAGCAUACAGAACAAUAGCAGCGGCUCGCCAGAAAAAGAAAACUCCAUCUAAGAAGGAUAAAGAUAUUGCAUGGAAGGCUCUUAAAGACCGAGAAGUUAUUGUUCGACAAUUAGAUUUAGCAUUGAAUAAUAAUUGUUAAAUAUGUAUAGUAAUGCAGGAUAUUAAGUGGCGCUUUACAUUAUAAGUUAUAUAAUAAUCUGCCUAUGCCUGUACAGUGGUACCUCCGUUUUUUAAUUUAAUCCAUUCCCAGAGACGGUUCGACAACCAAAUUAAAAAACCAAAACCCAUUUUCCAAUAAGAAAUACUGUAAUGGAAGUUGAAUUAGUCUGUUCCACACCCCCAAAAAUAUUAACUUAAAAAUACAUUUUAUACAUAAUACUUGAUCCAUAUUUUGUACUACAUUAUGUAUAAGUAUAUCUUACUUUUAUUGAGGACUCUUGUUGGCAUUUGGAAGACGGUGAGGAGGAGGAGAGGUGUUAGUGUUCGGAAGGAAAGUCCCCUUCCAUUAUAACAUCAGGCAGUGAGGACAUUUCUGGGGUACUCUCUCUCCUAUAUUUUGCAGGCAUAUUUCUAUAUUUUGCAGGCUGGUUGUGGCUCACUGCUUGCUUGUCUUACUAAGAAUCUGUCUAAAGACACUUGUUUUUCCCUACGUUUUGACACUUGUCUGUAGUGAGACAUCACAUUCAUUCAUUACGAAUGAUCUCUUGUUUUUUCUCUAUCAUCCUCACAACUAUUUUCUUAGGUUGAACUUUACCACUGACUUUCUUGGGACACUUGGUGUGAUAUAUUAUAAGUAAGUGUAUGUUCAGAAACCAAAAAAGCACAAAAACAAUUAAAUUCUUCACAAAGAAUUCAAGCGUGGUCGUCACUAGGCGGGACACACUGGUAGACUGAGGCACACCACGUGCAUCAACAAACUCGAGAAGUGAGGCAAACCUCGAAUACCGAGUUGAAUUUUAUGAAGAAUUUGAGCUUGAAAACCGACAAAUUUGAAUAGAGGGGCAUUCAAAAGCUGAAGUUCCACUGUACAGUAUAUUUAUAGACCAUCGUCACAAGCAGAAUUCUCGUCAUUGUAAUAAACUGUGCUAAUAUUAUUAGCUAUGAAGUAUUAAGGAAUAAAUAUAUGUAACAUUAAUGUAAGAAAAAUGGCUGACACUUUCUAGCAGUAGUGCUUACCAUUAGUUAUUGACAGCAGUGUAUGCUUUAAUGUAUGUUAUUUGGUGUUUAUUUUUUUUUAUAUUGUACUUAGAAUAAGCAUUUUCAAUAUUUAAGUACUAUUUAAAAAUAUUUUUUUUAAACAUUGUAUAAUACAAGCUUAAAUGUCUUUAAAUAUUUAAUUAAAAUUAGGACAACAUGUUUCUGUGUCUUGUUGCUUUAGAUGUUAGCAAAUUAACCAUUAAUGCGAUGCAUCAUGGAAAGAUACUCUCAACAUGCAAGAAUAAUCUCAUUAACUACGUUGUUAAGACAAUUUUGUAUGGAACCAUUUGUCUUCUAACUUUUAUUAAAAGUUUAAAAGCAUCAA